AUGGCCACCUAUUCCGCUCGCCAGCUCUACUACGACGGCAAGACUCAACGCGCCACCUCCAACAAGACCUUUGAAAGUAUCGACCCUGCAACCGGCGCGCACAUCGCCGACAUCCACGAAGCUUCACGCGCCGACAUUGACAAGGCCAUUCAAUCCGCUGAAAGGGCCUUUCCGUCCUGGGCCGCCACGCCCGCAAUUCAGCGCGCGCGCAUUCUGCAAAAAGCAGCUCAACUAUUGCGCGCACGCAACGAUGAAAUAGCCGCGGCUGAAACACAUGAUACCGGGAAAGCAUUCAGUGAGACUAGUGUAGUCGAUGUCGCGACGGGCGCCGAUGUGGUUGAAUAUUUUGCGAAUUUGGUGGGUGGUGGUGGGCUGAAUGGCGAGACCACUCAAUUGAGGGAAGAUGCUUGGGUCUAUACUAAGAAAGCGCCUCUGGGUGUAUGCGUGGGUAUAGGAGCUUGGAAUUAUCCUAUUCAGAUAGCUCUAUGGAAAUCAGCACCCUGCCUCGCAGCCGGUAAUACAAUGGUCUACAAACCCAGCGAAUUCACAUCCCUCCACGGCGAGACCCUCGCCAAAAUAUACACCGAAGCCGGUCUCCCUGCUGGCGUCUUCAAUGUGGUCCACGGUGCCGGUGACGUUGGCGCAUAUCUGACCGCUCAUCCUUCAGUCGCCAAGGUAUCGUUCACCGGACAGGUUUCCACAGGCAAAAGAGUAGCCGGAGCAGCAGCUGGACACAUGAAAUACGUCACAAUGGAACUCGGCGGCAAAUCACCACUCCUUAUCCUACGAGACGCUGAUCUCGAAAAUGCCGUUGACGGUGUCAUGAUGGCCAAUUUCUACAGCACGGGACAAGUCUGCACAAACGGAACGCGGGUCUUUGUCCCCAGAGAUAUGAAGGCAGCCUUUGAGAAACGUUUGGUAGAAAAAAUGCAAUUCGUUCGAGCGGGUCCUGUCAUGGAUCCCGCAACAAACUUUGGUCCGCUCGUAUCACGAGUCCAUCACCAAAAAGUCACAGAUUAUAUCCGACACGGCAUUGAGCAAGAUAAAGCAAAACUCCUUUACGGCGGGCCCGGUCAACCCGCCAAUUUACCGCGAGAGCUCCAAACAGGAUUCUGGGUUCAGCCGACCAUUUUCACCGACUGCACGGAUUCAAUGAAGAUAGUCCGAGAAGAAAUCUUCGGUCCCGUCCUUUCUAUCCUUGCGUACGACACCGUCGAAGAAGCCGUUCAACGCGCCAAUACUUCUGAACUAGGCCUUGCAGCGGGCGUGUUCACGUCCAAUCUGAACCUUGCGCAUCGUAUCAUCGACCAAUUACAGGCUGGUAUUACAUGGGUGAAUUCAUGGGGGGAGUCACCCGCUGAAAUGAGCGUGGGUGGAUGGAAGCAGAGUGGUGUUGGCGUUGAGAAUGGUAGAAGGGGGAUAGAGGCUUGGGUACGGAAUAAGAGUACCUUGGUGGAUAUGAGUAAUGUUGUGGCUACUGCUUUUGCAAAGUUAUAG